AAAUGAAAACAUUACGAGGAAUGUUUAAUUAGUUUUCUUCAUAAAGCAUAGACUUGCACACAUAAAUUAAAUACAUAAAAUUAAAAAAAAAACAAACAAAUCAAUACAGUUAAAGCUGCUGACAACUAACAAAAACUAAGCUCCAAAGACGGCAUGUAGCUACAACACCUGUGUACAACCAUGCAAUGUCACACACAGAGGAUUGUGUUAAUUUGCAUACUACUGCAUAACCGAGCUUCUCAGUAAUGUCAGUCAUCCCUUAAAACCAUGUUAUGACACCCCCUCACCCCCUCAAAGGCUACUUAACAAGUUUGGUAGCUUUUUGACCAGUCAAACUUCUCACUGCAAACUUGACAAAAAUGAAAGAAUGAAAGGAGGUGGAGAUUUCCUUGUAAUGAGGAAUUUAUAUGAAGCAGCUCCACUGCAGGUUGCUCUGUACUUUGAAUUGGUCUGCACGAAAAGCAGGCUGGUCUCACAUCAACAUGUCAGUCACAACCUCUGAUAAUAUGGCAGUGAAGAAAGCAUCUAAAAAGAGAGUGUUCAUCAGUCUUCCAAAGAAAUAUAUGGCGGAUUUGGCUCAAACUUAUGAACUGGACCAUGGAUUGGUAGUAAGAGACCUAAAUCCGUACUUAAAUGAAGGAUAUAUACAGGCUUACUUCAGAGAAUGGGGCACCGUCACAUCAUGCAAGAUUAAGAAGAACCCCAACUCUGGGAAAGAUAAGGCGGUGGCCUUCGUGAGGUUUUCUGCAGAGGAUGAAGCAGACAGAGCAGACUGGGCUGGCCCUCAUUAUAUUGGAGGCACAGAAGUGACAGUGAAGCGAUUUGUUAGUCCAAAGACUGACGAGGACUCAGAGGAGGAGGCCGUCACAGUCUCUGCUAAACCUCCACCACGCCGUUCGAUGGGUCUGGGCUACAUACUUGAGGAUGCUCAGUGGUUAGAAGAUGAUUCAAACCAAUAAAGAAUUCAAUCUCUUUUUUUUUUCAGAAGAGUGCAUAUUUUGUAAAGAUAGUUUGACCAGUUUGAGAGUAUCCAAGGUAUCCUACAUAAGAACAUACUGGCUGAUGCACAUGUUUUAAAAUAUUGUUUACUGUAUAGCACAUAGUAUGCUUUUGUUGUAUUUUAUGGAAGUUUUCUUUUUAAGGGAAAAAAUAAGGUUGUCGUCUAAUUUGUCAAGGAUGUGGGGUGUUGUCAAAACAUACAUACACAUUUGGCUCGUCUCCCUUUGUGCAGCCAACGUUGUCUAUGCAACAUGACUUGUCCUUUUAAAAAAAUCACGACACAACGCAAAAUUUUGUAACCUACUAGCUCACGUUAUUGUUUUGUUUUGUUUUUUUUUUAAAUAAAAAAAAUUAAUGGUUUUGACA